CUCGUGCUAUAACGUUUCUGCACAUGGGCCACUUAUCCAGAGCGUUGAACUCCUCUGGAAGACGGGAAAUGUACUCUUGUCUGUGGAACAUGACUUUCAUUUCGUCUUUCGUGUACAAGAGGGAGAUAUUUGGGUCCAGGGAUCGAAGAGAGUCCAAGGCCGGGUUGUCCGGGUUUAUUCCAGCAGUCCAUGUGGUGGCGUGCGAAUUGACAUAGGCGAUGAUCUCUUCACUAGAGUGCUGACUAUUGCUUCGAUGUGUGAGAGAAAAUAAAGCGAAAAGAGACACAAGACGUUUGUGAUACAUUGGAAAGAAUUGAUUUAUUAAUUUUUGUUUGGAAAAUUGACGAUCAACCCUGACACUUAAAAAACCGUGAAGUUGACGCAAUGAAAUUCCUACUAAUUCUUCUACCACACAUCCUGAGCAUUCUUUCUAAAACAACUUUCAUGACCGAAGACGAAAUCGUUCACUGUCUCAACACCUCACCAACGGAAUGGACCUUUGAAAAAAAUCCGAAUGUCAAUCUAACGUUCGAGAAGCAAAAAACAGUGAAGCUAAACCGUGAAACUUCCUACAGAAAAGACAACAUCAGUAUGUUGUACCACAAGACUGCUUUCCUCACCAAUCUGCCGGAAUCCUUCGACUCUCGAGAGAAGUGGCCCCAGUGCAAGGACAUCAUUAAUCACAUAAGAGACCAAGGGAACUGCGCCGGCAGCUGGGCGGCGAUUACAGCUUCGGUGUUCUCCGACAGAAUCUGCAUUGGCAGCGAAGGAGAAACCAAGGUCCACAUUUCCGCGGAAAGUAUCCUCGCCUGCUGUAACGAAUGCAUGCUCACCAUGGACCGUCCGUGCGAUGGCGGCUUCCCGUACUUGGCUUGGCACCACAUACAAGAGUACGGAGCCGUAACCGGAGGCGAGUUAGACUCCGGAGAGGGGUGCCAACCUUACUCCGACGCUCACUUCCGUGGAGACGCUUCUCCCUGCACCAAGUCAUGUACAAACCACAAGUACGACAAAACCUACACCAACGACACACAUUUCCCAGAACUGAUUUACUUGAUGGAUGAAUCACAAGACCAAAUUCAGAAAGAAAUUAUGGAUCAUGGACCUGUGAUGGGGGUUAUGGAAAUUAACGAAGAUCUGGCAUUCUACAAGAAAGGUCUUUAUCACCCUACGUGUGGGGAGAGCUUAGGAUACCAGGCGUUAAAAAUCGUGGGUUGGGGCCUGCGAGACGAUGACUUGGAAUACUGGUUGGUGGCUAACUGUUGGGGCCCGAAAUGGGCAGAUUCUGGAUUUUUUAAAGUUUGGAAAGAUGACGACUUUCACUUCCUGCAGAACGAAGUCAGAGCGUGCAGAAUGACCCCGAUCGAUUUUCAAGAAGUCGUCAUUUCUAAUCCCGAUGCCGAGAAGUUUUAUUACGCUGGAGGAAAGAAGUUGCUGUGGGAUAGAGCGUGUCUUCUCCUUUGCUGCUUGCCGAUAAAAGACUCUCUAGGAGAAAGUUAA